GUUCUCAGCUAUUCUAAAAGCUCUAUAAAAGAGGGCUUGUCAAGCUCAUACAGUCAUCAGUUUGAUACGACUGCGUGAAUAAGCUACAUCUAACAACGUGUUACCGAAAAUGGCUUCGAAGCUGUUGAUAUUAGCCGCUUUGAUUGUGAUAACGAGCGCUGCUUCCCGUCGCUAUGAUCAACAACGUCAGGCGUCGUCCUCAAGCCGGAAUCAACAGCAACAGCAAGAUCACCGGCCGCAACAUCAACAGGAUGAAGAUCAACACUCAGAUCCAAAUUACGCGUAUAGCUAUGCCGUUCGGGACGACUGGAGUGGGGACUGGAAAAGUCAACACGAAAGCCGUCACGGUGACCAAGUUCGUGGUCAGUACCGAGUCAUGGAAUCCGAUGGUACGGAACGUAUAGUGAACUACAGCGCCGACGAUCGAAACGGAUUCAACGCCGUGGUACGCUACGAGCCGGAACGGCGUCAGCAUCCAGUUCCGGUAGAGGCUGUUGCGGUUCAUGCGAUCAAAGUGUACCCAGUUGUUGAUGCACCAGAGCAUCGUCAGAACCGUGAGGAUAAUAAGGAGGCCACUUCCAGUAUGCACAUCUACCAGCAAUACUCUCCACAGCCGUGGAUGAUUUCGAACAAGGUUCGUCAUAACUGAACGGCGAAUGGAGAGAAUUUUACCGGCUG